AUGGCCGAUCAGGACGUGGAUUUGGACUCUAUCAUUGACAGACUGCUGGAGGUGAGGGGCAGCCGACCUGGAAAACAGGUUCAGCUUCUGGAAUCAGAGAUCCGCUUUCUUUGCACCAAGGCUAGGGAAAUUUUCAUUUCUCAACCCAUACUGCUGGAGCUAGAAGCCCCGAUCAAGAUUUGCGGUGAUAUUCACGGCCAAUACUACGAUUUGCUCCGCCUCUUCGAAUACGGCGGUUUCCCACCAGAGGCCAAUUACCUUUUCCUCGGAGACUAUGUUGACCGUGGCAAGCAGUCGCUCGAGACUAUUUGUCUCCUCCUCGCAUAUAAGAUCAAGUAUCCCGAAAACUUCUUCGUUCUGCGUGGUAACCACGAGUGCGCAUCUAUCAACCGUAUCUAUGGUUUCUACGAUGAAUGUAAGCGGAGGUACAACAUCAAGCUGUGGAAGACUUUUACGGAUUGUUUCAACUGCCUGCCCAUUGCAGCCAUCAUUGACGAGAAGAUUUUCACUAUGCACGGUGGUCUGAGUCCCGAUCUCAACUCUAUGGAGCAGAUUCGCCGUGUUAUGCGCCCCACCGAUAUUCCUGACUGCGGCCUCCUCUGUGAUCUCUUGUGGUCUGAUCCCGAUAAAGAUAUCACUGGAUGGAGCGAAAAUGAUCGAGGUGUUUCGUUUACAUUCGGACCUGACGUCGUAUCGCGAUUUUUACAGAAGCAUGACAUGGACCUGAUAUGCCGGGCGCAUCAAGUUGUCGAGGACGGUUACGAGUUCUUUUCGAAGAGACAGCUGGUCACACUGUUCAGUGCUCCCAACUACUGUGGAGAGUUUGAUAAUGCUGGCGCAAUGAUGAGUGUGGAUGAGAGUCUAUUGUGCUCUUUCCAGAUUCUAAAACCAGCAGAGAAGAAACAAAAGUACGUUUACGGGGCAAUGAGCUCAGGCCGACCCAUCACUCCUCCGCGAAAGCAAAAGAAGAAGUAA